AUGGCUCCCACUCCCAAAGAAUGCGACUUCCUUGUCAUUGGUAUCGGAAGUGGCGGUCUCGCCGCUGCUAGAAGAGCUAGUGGCCAGUAUGGCAUGAAGACCAUCGCCGUCGAGAACUCCAGACUGGGUGGCACCUGUGUUAACGUUGGCUGUGUGCCCAAGAAGGUUACCUGGAACGCCGCUGCCAUCAAGGAGACCAUCCACGAGGCAAAAGCUUACGGCUUCUCUGUUGAAGAGACCGCUCCUUUCGACUGGACCUCCUUCAAGCACAAGCGUGACGCUUACGUCAAGCGUCUCAACGGCAUCUAUGAGAAGAACUUGAAGAACGACAAGGUCGAGUACCUGAAUGGAACCGCCUCAUUUGUGUCAAAAGACGUCGUCAAGGUCGUUGGUCAGGACGGUCAAGAGCAGCACGUUCGCGCAAAGAAGAUUCUUGUCGCCGUCGGUGGACGUCCCAGCAAGAUCGGUGUUGAGGGUGAAGAACUCGGCAUCAACAGCGACGGCUUCUUUGACCUCGAGAAGCAGCCCAAGAAGGUCGCCGUCAUUGGUGCUGGUUACAUUGCUGUUGAGAUGGCUGGCAUGUUCCACCACCUGGGUACCGAGACCCACUUGUUCAUCCGCCAUGACAAGUUCCUGCGCACUUUCGACCCCAUGAUUCAGGACAAGAUCAUGGAGGAGUACAGGCGUCAAGGUCUUCACAUUCAUACCAACAGCUCGCAGAGCAAGCUCGAGGAUCUGGGCAACGGCUGGAAGAAGCUGCACUACAAGGAUGACGAGGGUGAGAGCACCAUGGACGUCGACUGUGUCCUCUGGGCAAUUGGCCGCACACCCGAGGUCGAGAAGCUCAAGUUGGAGAAUGCCGGUGUCGAGCUUGACGAGAAGAACCACAUCAAGGUCGACAAGUACCAGAACACCAACGUCGAUGGCAUCUACGCUCUCGGUGAUGUCUGCAACGCUGGCGCCGAGCUGACUCCCGUCGCUAUUGCCGCUGGACGUAAGCUUGGCGAUCGUCUUUUCGGAGGCAAGAACGACGCCCACCUCGACUACACCAACAUCCCCUCGGUCGUCUUCUCUCACCCUACUGUCGGAAGUAUCGGCCUCACUGAGCCCGAGGCUCGCGAGAAAUUCGGUGAUUCGGUCAAGAUCUACACCUCCAGCUUCACUGCCAUGUACUACGCUAUGAUGGAGCCCGAGGACAAGGGUCCCACCGCAUACAAGCUCGUCUGCGAGGGUCCCAACGAGAGAGUCGUUGGCCUGCACAUCCUUGGUCAAGGCAGUGACGAGAUCCUGCAAGGCUUUGGUGUUGCAAUCAAGAUGGGUGCUACCAAGGCUGACUUUGACAGCUGUGUUGCCAUUCACCCCACCUCUGCUGAGGAAUUGGUCACGAUGAAGUAA